ACGGUUUUAAAAAUUGAAUUAUUUUAAACAUAAUUUCAGAUAUCAGUUAAUUUUUCAUUAAAAUAAAAAAAAAAUGUCAGUGGAGACCGGAGCUGGGUAUGAUAACGAAACAUUUUUCGCCUAGACGCGUUUGAUAAAAUUAUGAUUUUUAUUACAGAAUGGCUAACGAGGACAAAGAAUUCGGACAAUUAGAUCAAAAUAAGUCAUUUAAACCGGUAUUAUAUAGUUUUCGUGUUCCUCCGCAAAAUCGCGAUAGUUCAAAGUUUGCAUUGCAAUUACCAUUUGCAACUUUAUUCGACAAUCUCAUCGCGGUAUUGUGGUCGGUAUAUGGCAAAGACCCGACAAUCAGAAGUGGUAAGUUCUUUUUAUAUUAUAACGAUUCGUAUGAUUUAUCCCUUAAGGCAGUUGUCGUGUAAACGAAUAUCGGUUUUGGGAUCUCAACAGGUUUAUAUGUAAUGUGUAUUAUGACUAUAUAAACAGUCUAACACUCCGACAAUAUAUAUUAGUGUUAGAGGUAUACAUUAUUUUUCGCUAACAUAUUAUAAUACAUUUAGGUAUAAAUCAAGUGCAGUGGGCGUUAGAAUAUAUGAAGUGCAUGAAAUUGGACUACAGUUAUCCAGAAAGCAUUCGUAGUAUCAUUUACGUUCUUGAAAAACAAUUGAUGGAACUGUAUGCUCAAGUUGGUGAAAAGUUGUACCAAUCCAAAAAACAGGAACUAGAUAAAAAUACUAAAGAUGAAAAUGAACAUACGUCCCAAAGUUAGUAUACUUACAAUAUUUAUCAUUCAAAAAUAUUAUUUUGUACUGUAUAUAAUUUGAUACGCAUGUAAAAAGUUUUCAUUUCGACGCACUGUUAUUAAUGAACAAUUUAUGUUUUUUUUUUUUUGUUAAGAUUUAGAGGAAAAAAAGGCUGCAAUUCCCUGCGUGUCUUUUAAUGAAAAAGAUAUUAUGGACAAAUUAAAAAACAUGAAUCUGUCAAUUGACCCGAAGACCGGCGAAGCCAAAAAUAUAAAAGAGUUAAAUUCUUUAGGUAGGAGGAAAACUAUAGUCGGUGACGAGAAGUGCAAAAUUGCCCCUAAAUCUUCAGAAAGUAAUAUACCUACCUAUUUAUUGAUAAUGAUAAUUAAUAUUUAUAUGUACUCUACUUAUAUUUUGUACGUUAAAGCUUAUCUGAUUGGUAAGUUACAAAAAAUAUUGAGCAAUACCAUGGAAGAGGAAACCAAAACUAAUGUCGAAGAGUAUGUUGCUAUUGUUAUUAUAUUAAGUGUUUUUGUUAAUUUGGAUGUAAUUGAUCGUGGUUUUUUUUUUUAAUUUUUAGAAUUAUAAAAAAUUUAAAAGUACAAAAACCAGGUCUACCAGAUGGUGCGAAAUCGGUAACAGCAAGCUAA